AUGCCUCUCUUUAUCCUCACCGAAACUAGCGCAGGCUAUGGCCUUUUCAAGGCGGCCGAUAAGAAGUUGCUGGACUCCGACAACCUCAGUGAUCGUCUAUCUACCGUUGACAAGAUCGUCAAGGAGAUCAAGUACAAGGAGUUUGCCAAGUUCGACAGCGCCGCGACCGCGCUCGAAGAAAUUGCUGGCGUGAUUGAGGGCAAGGUCACGCCGAAGCUGGCCGGUCUCCUCAAUGAAUUCAAGGAUGAGAAGAAGGUCACUCUGGCCGUGGCCGAGAGCAAGCUCGGCAGCUCGAUCGUCAAGAUUCCCGAGUUGAACAUCAAGCCCAUCUCCGAUUCGUCGACAACCGACCUCUUUCGUGCCAUCCGUCAGCAUCUGCCUGAGCUCAUCCCCGGCAUGCUCCCGGAGAACUUCCAGGAGAUGUCUUUGGGGUUGUCCCACUCGCUCUCGCGGCACAGACUCAAGUUCUCUCCCGACAAGGUCGAUGUCAUGAUCGUGCACGCCGUUUCCCUGCUUGACGACUUGGACAAGGAGCUCAACACAUAUGCCAUGCGCGUGAAGGAAUGGUACGGCUGGCAUUUUUCCCGAGUUGGCCAAAAUCUUGCCCGACAACCUGUCAUCGAGACGGCCGUCAAGGCUGCUGCUGAUAUCAGCAUGGGUACCGAGAUCAGCGCUGAGGACCUCGAGAACAUCAAGCUGCUUGCCGAGCAAGUCAUCAGCUACUCCGAGUACAGGAGACAGCUUGCCGAGUACCUUGAGAACCGCAUGAAGGCCAUCUCCCCUAACAUGACGGAGCUUGUCGGUGCGCUCGUUGGUGCUCGGCUCAUCGCCCACGCCGGCUCUCUCAUCAGCCUCGCCAAGAACCCGGGUUCUACUAUCCAGAUCCUCGGUGCCGAGAAGGCGCUCUUCCGUGCGCUCAAGACCAAGCAUGCCACCCCCAAGUACGGUCUCAUCUACCAUGCUUCUCUGGUCGGCCAGGCUUCUGGCGCGAACAAGGGCAAGGUUGCUCGUCAACUCGCUUCCAAGGUGGCCCUUGGUGUUCGCACUGAUGCCCUUGCCGAGUUUGAAGAUGACGCAGACGAUGAGACGCGCGCCAGCCUGGGUAUCCGGGCCAGAGCUAAGCUCGAGAACAACCUGCGGGUGCUAGAGGGCAAGCCGCUCUCCAAGACCGUCUCGGUUGGCCCUAACGGCAUUCCGCUCGGCGCUCCCUCCAAGUGGGACAUCAAGGAAGCCCGCAAGUACAACAUUGACGCCGACGGCCUUUCCGCGGAGGCCGAGGCGCCUAAGAAGCCCCUCAUCGAGGAAGUCGACGAGGAAAUGGCUGAGCUUGACGUUGGGGCGGACUCAGACGAAGAAAUGCAAGAAGCUCCUAGCAAAAAGGAGAAGAAAGACAAGAAGGACAAAAAGGAGAAGAAGGAAAAGUCCAAGAAGUCCAAGGACACCGAGGUUUCUGUGCCUGCCAAGAUUACCGAGAAGGACUACGAGCGCCUUGCAAAGGAGGUUGGCAUCUCUGUCUCCAAGUUUGCCCGCCGGUUCGAGAAGGGCCAGAUCAAGGUGAACGCCGACGGCUCGGUAGAGGUUCUCAGCAAGAAGGACUCCAAGGCUCAAGAGGCCGAGGAGGAGGAGGUUGAGACGCCCGUCAAGCCUAAGAGCUCGAAGCGCAAGCACGACGCGGAGGAGACACCGGCCAAGGAAGAGAAGCCGAAGAAGAAGAAGAAGAAGUCCAGCAAGGAGUAG